AUGGCUGACAAAGAAGCAACGUUCGAUGAUGCAGUGGAGGAGAGAGUGAUUAAUGAAGAAUAUAAGAUCUGGAAGAAAAACACUCCCUUCCUGUAUGACCUGGUGAUGACCCACGCGCUGGAGUGGCCUAGCCUUACUGCCCAGUGGCUACCUGACGUGACUAGACCAGAGGGAAAGGAUUUCAGCGUGCACAGACUGGUGCUAGGCACACACACCUCAGAUGAGCAGAACCAUCUAGUCAUCGCUAGCGUGCAGCUCCCAAAUGAUGACGCCCAGUUUGAUGCCUCACACUAUGACAGCGAGAAAGGAGAGUUUGGUGGCUUCGGCUCUGUCAGUGGGAAGAUUGAGAUUGAGAUUAAGAUUAAUCAUGAGGGAGAGGUGAACAGAGCACGCUACAUGCCCCAGAACCCUUGCCUAAUUGCCACAAAAACCCCCACAAGUGAUGUGCUUGUCUUCGACUACACCAAACACCCAUCCAAACCAGAUCCUUCUGGAGAGUGUACUCCAGACCUGCGACUGAAAGGCCAUCAGAAGGAGGGCUAUGGUCUGAGCUGGAACGCUAAUCUCAGCGGCUGUCUGCUCAGCGCUUCUGAUGACCAUACUAUAUGUCUGUGGGAUAUAAGUGCAGUUCCAAAGGAAGGGAAGAUGGUGGACGCCAAGACCAUCUUUACCGGACACACAGCGGUGGUGGAAGACGUGUCCUGGCACCUGCUGCAUGAGUCGCUCUUUGGCUCCGUCGCUGAUGACCAGAAACUCAUGAUCUGGGACACACGGUCCAAUAAUACAUCGAAGCCCAGUCACGUGGUCGACGCCCAUACUGCGGAGGUCAACUGUCUGUCCUUUAACCCUUACAGCGAGUUCAUCCUGGCCACUGGCUCAGCUGACAAGACAGUUGCUCUGUGGGAUCUAAGGAAUCUGAGACUGAAGCUUCACUCCUUUGAGUCUCACAAAGAUGAAAUCUUCCAGGUCCAGUGGUCUCCUCAUAAUGAAACCAUUCUGGCCUCUAGUGGUACUGACAGACGUCUCAACGUCUGGGAUCUCAGUAAAAUUGGUGAGGAGCAGUCUCCUGAGGAUGCUGAGGAUGGACCUCCAGAACUUCUGUUCAUUCACGGCGGGCACACAGCCAAGAUCUCGGAUUUCUCCUGGAACCCCAACGAGCCGUGGGUCAUAUGCUCAGUGUCUGAAGACAACAUUAUGCAAGUGUGGCAAAUGGCUGAAAACAUAUAUAAUGAUGAAGAGCCUGAGGGAGCCGGGGAUGCUGAGGUCCAAGGAUAA